CGAAAAGUUGAGACGCGGCGAAGAGCAGUCGGCGGUGGCGCUGCUCGGGUCCACGUGGGCCGCGGCGUGAGAGCCAGCGGCUGGGGACAGGCAGCCGCGGCGAGGGGCGCCCCUCUCCGGCCGCGCGGGCCUCUGGCCACCCGGCUCUGUGGACUAGAGUGGACUCGCGCGCUCGCUGAGACAUGGACACUCCCCCGCUGUCAGGUUCGGACUCGGAUUCUGAUGAUUCUCUGGUCACAGACCGAGAGUUGCAGGAUGCGUUUUCCCAAGGACUCCUGAAGCCAGGCCUUAAUGUCGUGCUAGAGGGGCCGAAGAAGGCCGUGAACGACGUGAGUGGCCUGAAGCAGUGUUUGGCUGAAUUCAAGCGGGAUCUUGAAUGGGUUGAAAGGCUUGAUGUGACCCUGGGUCCCAUGCCGGAAGUCAGUGGACCUCAGUCAACACCUCAGAACAAGGAUCAGAAAACUGUUGAUCCAGAAGAUGACUUCCAGCGCGAGAUGAGUUUCUACCGGCAGGCCCAGGCUGCAGUGCUGGCGGUAUUACCCCGCCUCCAUCAGCUCAAAGUCCCUACCAAGAGGCCCAGUGACUAUUUUGCUGAGAUGGCCAAGUCUGAUCAGCAGAUGCAGAAGAUUCGACAGAAGCUGCAGGCUAAACAGGCGGCCAUGGAGAAGUCUGAAAAGGCGAAGCAACUGCGAGCACUUAGGAAAUAUGGGAAGAAGGUGCAAACGGAGGUUCUUCAGAAGAGGCAGCGAGAGAAAACACAUAUGAUGAAUGCCAUUAAGAAAUACCAGAAAGGCUUUUCUGAUAAACUGGAUUUCCUUGAGGGGGAUCAGAAACCUGUUGCACGGAGAACGAACGAAGGAGCAAAAGGCCAGCAGAUGAAGAAGGGGCCCAGUGCUAAGCGGCGCUAUAAAAACCAGAAGUUUGGCUUUGGUGGAAAGAAGAAAGGCUCCAAGUGGAACACGCGUGAGAGCUAUGAUGAUGUAUCCAGCUUCCGGGCCAAGACGGCUCAUGGCAAGGGCCUCAAGAGGCCUGGAAAGAAAGGAUCCAAUAAGAGACCUGGAAAACGGACAAGAGAGAAAAUGAAGAGCAGAACACACUAAGCAGCAUCUUUGUAUACAGAGAACCAAGAAAAAGGGUUUGUAGACUUGGGAUUUCACCAUACGGUUGGAUUUCUUCUGUUGGUUUCUUUUUAUAAAAAAUUCUUUAAUAAACUAAAAUAUUUUCAAAGAAA